GCAACUAGGUCCCUGGACCUGAGGAAGAAGGGCGCAGGCCCGAGCCUGGCGGCGGCAGCACACUGAACACGCGGAGCGGGGACGACGUGCAGGGGGAGGAGCUUGCGGCCCGCUCGCUGUCAUGUCGCGCCAGGCGAAGGAUGACUUCCUGCGGCACUACACAGUCUCCGACCCCAGGACCCACCCCAAGGGCUACACCGAGUACAAAGUGACGGCGCAGUUCAUCUCAAAGAAGGACCCAGAGGAUAUCAAAGAGGUAGUAGUCUGGAAGCGAUACAGUGACUUCCGUAAGCUGCAUGGGGACUUGGCCUAUACUCACCGCAACCUCUUCCGCCGCCUAGAAGAGUUUCCGGCUUUUCCCCGUGCCCAGGUGUUUGGUCGAUUUGAAGCCUCUGUGAUCGAAGAAAGGCGCAAGGGUGCAGAGGACCUACUGCGCUUCACAGUACCCAUCCCUGCACUCAACAACAGCCCCCAGCUCAAGGAGUUUUUCCGGGGUGGGGAGGUAACACGGCCCUCUGAGGUAUCCAGGGACUUACGCAUCCUGCCGCCCCCUCUCAUCCCCACACCACCUCCUGAUGAGGCCCGGCUACUCCAGCCACUGCCUGCAGAAAGGAGGGGCCAGGAGGAGUUGGAUGUGCCAGCGGAUCCCCUACCAUCUAGCCCUGCCCAGGAGGCCUUGGAUCUUCUCUUCAGCUGUGACAGCACCGAGGAAGCAUGCAGCUCCCCAGCCCGAGGGCCCCUCUCUGAGGCUGAACUUGCCCUUUUCGACCCCUACUCCAAAGAAGAAAGUACAGGCCCCAGCCCCACCCACACCGGUGAGCGGGCAGCGGUGGAGGUGCAGUCCAGAAGACUGGACCAGGAACCCUGGGAGCCAGGAGGCCAGGAGAAGGAAGAGGCAGAGGAUGGAGAGCCUGCCCCAGCCUAUCUGAGGCAGGCCACAGAGCUCAUCACUCAAGCCCUUCAGAGUGAAAACAGUGGUGCCUAUGCGGAGGCGCUCCAAGGCUACCGAGACGGGGUGCACAUCCUGCUUCAGGGAGUCUCGGGUGACCCAUCCCCUGCCCGCCGGGAAGGUGUGAAAAAGAAGGCAGCUGAGUACCUGAGGCGGGCAGAGACCCUCCAUGCGCACUUGCCUUGAGGGGUGGACCCUUCCCCGGAUGUCAGCUCCUGCACUGCCAGCCUCCUCCACCCCUUUCCUUGGGACUCAGCCCUGUUUCCUGCUCUUGUAACCCCAGGGGCCAUAUCUCUAUUAACUGGAUCAAGUAUGAGAAAAGCAAAGACUCAUCAGCUCUGACCUCUCUGUUUUAUGUGAAUGGCAUGUGGCUACUAAUCUGUCAGUUCACCCAUCUAGAGCCAGGGUCUGCAGCCUGUACACUCUGCGGCCAGACCUGGCCCACUGCCUUUUUUGUAAGGCCCUCAAGCUACAAGGGUUUUUCCUUUUUUUUUUUUUUUUUUUUUUUUUUGUUGUUGUUGUUGUUAAUGGUUGGAAGGAAAAUUAUUCUUUGACCAGUGAAAAAUUUAUAAUAUUUAAAUGUGUGUGAAUAAAAACGAGUCAGAACACAUCCAGGUCCGUUUGCUUAUUACUGUCUAUGGUUGUACCACCUGAGUUGAAUAAACUGUGUCUAUGAG